AAGAACUCAAACAAUUUUUUAGUUUUUUGCAAUGGACUGCCUAGAAGAUGACUGGAUGCGGGCAUGCAUUCCAAUCCCUGUGGGAGUUGUUGGAGUGAUCUCUACUUGUACUUGCAUUUGUGUAGGCUUAAAUGCCCUGGCCUUUCUGAUCUAUGGUUUCAAUCUGUGUUACACUUCGAGACCAUUCUUUCGCAUAUUGAGCUUUGGGUGCAUGGUUCUCGGCCUUCUGCUUUGUCUUCCACAAUUCUGGAUCAGAGCCGAAAAUCCCAGAUACCUGCCUUCCACAAACUUGCCUUUGCACGCGGUUUGGGCAAUUGGUGACACCCUAUCCCACGCUGGACUUAUGAUGCUGGUGUACUGGGAUAUUUGCAUUGAGGCCGUUCGUUUGGUCUAUGCAUUGGAACCCAAAAGGCAGAGAAUUGGCCUGAAGGUGUGCAAGACGGUUGGUACAAUAUCCGUGGGUGCUCAGGUGGUGUUUCUAGUGCCUUUCUGGACCUUGGUCUAUUUGUUGGAGACAAGUAAUGCCCGAGCCGUCCUUUCUGGGACUUUCUACGUUGUGCAAUGCUACUCCUUUUUUGGAUUGGUUCCAGCUGUAGGUUUUGCUGUGCUUUUCAAAGGCUUGCGAAGACUCCGGAGCAAAUUGCCGGGAGACAUUCCACGCCAUUUAUUGCAUCGGUUGCGAUUCACGCAAUUGGCCAUAGGUGUUUUUCUGCUGAUCGGGGUGUUGGAUGCUUUGUUUGCAUUGCUUCCAGCGGCGGAACCGUUUGUCAGGAGUCUUUCAGGCACUUUGUACACUUGUUUUGUCCUGGUUUGCUUCGCAUUAUUCUCUUUGGUGUUGCUGACGCUCGAAGUGAUUCUGUCGUUCCAGGAUGCGACAAAGAAUUCCACUUCGAAAAUUUUCCUUGACCCGCAGAGGUUAGCUACUUUCGUGCGACAUGGUGUUGCUACUCUGGCAGCAGCUGGAAAGCCAUUGACCCACUCAGUUCCUGUUUGGCAUCGUGGCAUAUCGCAAAGUGUCGCAACUGGUUUUCAUGACGUUUGCCUCAUGGAGGGCCAGAGUCAAGAGGAGCCCACAACCUCCGACCUCUGUGUGGAGCUGAUCAGACCAAUGACUUUGCCCGCGCAUUGCUCUGUUUGGGAGGGCCUGGCCGUUGGAUUGACAUCGCAAUCUUCUUCUUCAAAGCAAAAGAUGAGUUGUGAUCAUGUCGGAGAACCAACUGUCAUGGUCAGUCAUUCGUGGUCGAGCCCGUACAUCCACCUCACGGCUAUUUUAAAGCGCUAUGAUGAAAAUACCAACACAAACAAUUUUUUCUGGUUGGAUAUCUUCAGCAUGAAUCAGCACGACUUUGCUGACUUGUCUGGAGUGCAGGCCUCCGAUCCAAUGGAUGGCAGUAUAGCAAACAUGUAUGACACCAUGCUGCAGGCUCUGACUCAAGCAAUCAAAGUUCCAAAUUGCAUGCUGCUGGCCCUAAUCCCACAUGAGCGGCCAGCCCUUCUGACACGAGCUUGGUGCCUCUAUGAGAUUUAUAUCGCAUGGAAAGUGGGAGCAGAAGUUGCGUGCGGAUUCGUGCCGGAAGCAGAGCAGUCUGUAAAGAAGAGUCUAUUGAAGGAUGACAUGCUGAUUAAUCAAAUCAUUGACUCGGUCGAUGCAAAGGAGUCUCGAGCCACAAAAAACAGUGAUCGCGAAAUGAUCUUAGAUUUGAUUGCUGAGGCCGGUGUAGAUAGGUUUAACUCUUUUGUUCGUCAGAAGCUAGAAGCUUCUUUGCGGCUUGUGGCCGUGACCACACUGCUAAAUGUCAGCACCACAAACGUGGAAGUGGUCCCGGAACUUCCAAGUCGUGAAGCUUCAAUAGCAACCCGAAGUCAAUAUAUCCACGAAAACUUUGAUUUUCACUCCGAGGGAACCUCCUUUUCGAUCUGAGAC